GAAGUCGGCGCCGAGUCUCACUCGUUCCAGCCAUCGUUGAGAUCGAGUGGAGAGUUGUCGAAGACUUGGAGACUAGAGAGAGGAGAAUUAGUGGGAAGAGUUAAAAAAAAAGAAAAGAAACCAAACUCAUUCACGCGAGGGCAGAUUCACGAAUCGACUACCACACCAGUGAUUACUCUCCUCGUUUCGUACUUCCCCCGAUUUUUCUUUCCUUUGAUCCUUUCUCCUUCCAUAUUUGACCUCUCUUUUUCAAUCGAUCUGAACUUCUCUUAAUUGCAAUCUCUCCAUCCACACAACUCUGCAAAUUACUGUGAGUUCUCCUGCAAUUUCCCACAAAAUUCUGACGAUUACAGCUUACUGAGCAGUGCUUCGGUUCAGUUCUAUUGAUGAAUAUUGUCUGAGUGUUCGUUUGCUUGAUUCCUGUCGAUCUGAUUCUGCCAACACAUCAAGAUGGGUUGCGCUGGAUCAUCGCAGAAGAAAGGAGACGAGAAUUUCAAGAAGGUUCGCAAGCCAAAGCCUUGGAAGCAUCCGCAACCAAUAACCGAGACACAGCUCAGGCAGAUGCGCGAUGAGUUCUGGGACACCUCUCCUCACUAUGGUGGCCGCAAAGAAAUCUGGGAUGCACUUCGGGCCGCGGCUGAGGCUGAUAUAGGUCUUGCACAAGCAAUUGUGGACAGUGCAGGUAUCAUCGUUGCAAGUGCUGACUUGACAACCUGCUAUGAUGAGAGAGGUGCAAAGUAUGAACUGCCCAAAUAUGUUUUGAGCGAGCCAACCAAUUUAGUUCAAGACAGUUAACAACAGAAGUAGACCUUGCUUAAUUGAAAUUGAAUGUAAAUAAUGUAAAUUUCUCUCUCAUUCUCUUUUCAUAUGUUUACUGGAUUGGGUUUGGUUUCUGCUUGAUACAAUUCUUUUGGAUUGAACUUCCCAAAGCUUAUGCGGGAAAUUGAUGAAAUUUAACUCAAAACAAGAAAACAUACUAUCUGUA